CUCGCCUUCCUUACUUUUCACUUUUCUAUAAUUUUCAUUUAUAUAACACCUUAGAGUACAUACCUAAUAAGUGAAGAUUUCAUCUUUGCGGAAUCCGCUGUAGUGGCACUAUCCCGAGACCCAAUCAGAAGCCGCAAAACUCUGAAGGUCUGAAUCGGGCGAGGCACCCUUUAUUUUCGAGAUCAAGUCCCCGGUCAUCUCCAUCACCAAAGCACCGGCUUUAGCUCAGAAUGUCUUCCCACGAGGAACAGUUUCCUCGUAACAAGAGGAGAAAGCUAGAUAAUGCUCAGGAUGCCGAGGCCCCUGCUACCAUAUCCUCUCACACGCAACUCCGUGCGGCCCUGACUUUUCAACAGAAUGUUAAUGAAUCCAAGCAAGGUAUAAGAAAAUUUAAGGACUUUCUCACGUCCAUUGGACAGGCCGAGGACGAGGGCGAAAAAGCCAACAAGUUCCGCAUCCUUAAAGCGUAUUGUGAUUCGCAAUUCUCAAAGACGAAUGAGAAUGACGCAGUGUGCUUUCCCGACCUGAUCCAGACUUGGAGUUUUGCAGACAGCAAUAACAACGAGUCGUUGUUGACCGUGGUCCCCUCCAUCCUAGCUCAAUUCUUCAAGUCAGUGUCCAGUAAUUUGGAAUUCCGGGAAUUCGGAGUGGCACUAUGCAAGCACCUCGUCCAGAAAGAACAGCUGAGGCUUUUCAACCGUGGCUUGACAGCCACCAAGUCAAAGGAGCAUCUAAUCUCCCCUUGUCUCCGUCUUCUUACGGAGAUGGUCAGCUUCGAUGGUGGAGCUGCGGCGCGCCACGUCCAUGCCGCCCGGUAUAUCACGUUCAAACGCAUCGAGGUCUUUCUUACCCCUAAUAAAGCCCAGCUGGAAGAAGUGUCCGAGGCUAGCAGACCCACUCUGCGGAGGAAUGCUCAGAAGUAUGUCCUUGCGAACUUCAGAUUCCUGCAGUCAGCUGCGAAGAGUGAAGUUAUCGAGCAACACAAAGUCAUCAGAGCGUUCCUUGAGUACAUUCGCAAAGACCCAAGAGACAUCGUCUUGGAGAUCAUCAAGUGUGUGGACAAGGAUAUUAUCCAAGAUGCUUCGAUUUCUCGCAUUGCAAAGAGCAAAUUCUUCAGCCGAUGGAACCUGGAGCGACUUGUUACCCUCUAUGGUUACGAUCGUGAAUCAGAGGAGCCCAAUCCAACGAAUGUAUCCACUGCAGACGAGAUCCACAAAAUUUUGAUGAACCUUUGCACGAACACCGAUCUCGGAGUUUUGCUCCCAGAGAAUGGUUGGUACCCACAGGGAAGUGAUCCCGAGUCGCUCCCUGUGGACGAUGAUACGUUGAUUGAUUUGGGACUUGAUUCUGCUGUCCAUGUUGACAAAUACAGCCAGACUGUGCCUGUUCGUAAUGGAACUCUGUCUUAUCUGAUCCAGACUCUCCGCCCCGAUGCCGAUAGUCUCCAGAUCGAGUUGCUAGUGGCGAUUUUCAAGGCGGCCCCGGAGCUUGUUGCUGAUUUCUUCACGAAGAAGACGAUGUUCAUUUCCGACCCAAAGCCAACCCCGUCCUGGCUGGCAGAAUCCGCGCUUCUUUUCUCUACUGUACAGUUGCCCGUACCUACGAACUGUGGUUGGAAGGAGAAGUUGCCCCCGACACCGCCCCCAGUCUCUGUGGUCAUUGAGAAUGUGCUUCCACGCCCGCUGACCCAGAAAAUCCUCACCCGCUGCCUGAACUUGAACGCUGAGAUUGUGACCCUGUUUGCGGUUCGAAUCUUGACAAUUGCCUUCAACAAGCUACGGGCUGUUCUGAAGAUCUUCAAUGCUGAUCAUGGGGUUACCCAGCCACUGUGGACGCAGGCGGCAAGCAAGCUGAUUGCUGAGUUCAGUCGCCGGUGCCCUGGAGUAAAGGAGGUUAUACUUCUCUUCAAGAGAACGGACAAGGAGGAUUUGCAACAGCAGGAUGCUGUUUCAGACCUUCUGGCUUCGUUUUAUGAAGUGAUCCCGGACGCUGCAUUUGAGGAGGGGCUCGAUGUGUCACUGAUUUUGGUUGACAUCCUGAAACGACUGGAUGAGCAGAACCUCGACGAGAAUGAUUCCGAAUCCUUGCUGAGCCAAUUGCAAAAUAUCCUAAGAAUUAUACAGCAGUCAUCAUCCAUGCGUUGGUGGCAGCAGCCAGGGUCUAUGCAAUAUUCGGCUUUCACAUCAAUCCUGAAAGUUCUGGCCGAAGCAGCAUCCAAAGAAUCUCUGAGUGAGAUUGACAGCCUCCUACGGACAGUUCUUACUGAACACUCCGUCUUACAGCACCCUUCAUCAUUCCCCGCACUUCUGUCGAGCUUCGACGCUUCAGACUCGGAGAGGCUCCAGCGUCAAUUGUCAUUUUUCGACAACUGUGCUUGCCGUAUUGCAAAGAAGCCGGUUCACUACCAAGAUCUUCAGAGCUCCUUGUUCCAGGGUGGUUCAAGCCCGGUCAGCCCUCUCGUGGCUGCUAUCAUCGAACAGUGGCCCUUUGUGGUCAAGUCCGGAGACGCCGAUUCCGAGAGCGCAGUGGUGGCCUGGAUCGCCAAAGCCCUUGCAAAUUUGAAGCGCGCCGGAGAAGACGGCAAGACAUUGAAGACUGCCCGAGACAAGCUGGUGGACAGCGCCGAGAACAAGAAGUCGAGAUCGACGCUCAAGAAAGCACUGAAAGAUACUGAGGAUGCUGACAAUGAUCAUGACAUGGACGCUGAUGAUUCGCCGCAAGACGCCGCAGCCACCGCUGGCAAGGAAGAAGUAGAUCUAGAUGAAGUUUUCGGCACCUUACCAACGGAGGGUACCACCCAUAAUGGGCUGCGCCGAUGGGAAAAGGAUGACAUUGAAAUUGCUGUGGAGCAAGGCCGGAUAGCCGAUUUGCUGCUCUGCCUGUGCUCAGAACAUGAAGAAGUCCGGAAGCAGGCAUUUUCGAAUACAGUUCGCUUCAUGGCUAAGCUCAAGGAGUCUAACUACGCAGAAUGGCGAUCAGUCUACAUCCUCACUGGAGAGCUUCUCGAGACUGUCAAGCAGAUCGGCCUUGAAUCUCCGGUUCCAUGGAUUGUCGGGGAAUGCGCUUCCAGCUGUCUCGCUGUUCUUACGAACCCCAUGCAUAAGAUGUAUGGAAAGGUCAACAAGUUCCUGCAAAAGGCUCCUUCCUGGGAGCCGGAGAAGAUCCCGUCCUACUGGAUCGACAAGAUCUUCCUGAAUGAGCCCGAGCUUGACGACGGCUAUUUUGACGAGACUAGCUGGCUUCUAGAUCUGCUUAUCAAGGGCCUUCGCACUGAAGCUGAUAUGGAUAUUUACCGCCGCGCGAAUGUCUUCGAGAGAACACUCUCAUUCUACGAGUCGCCUAGUGCAGGCCACUCUGCCAAGAGAAAGGUCUUGCAGUUGGUGUAUCGCUCGACUCAAGUACGGGGAAGCACGACGCUGGUCACUCGAGCAGGCAUCCUCAGCUGGAUCCAAAGUCAGAUUCCGGCUGUGACGGCCAAGGACACCCAGACUUUCACGGCCAUUGCUCAGUCCUUGAAGGAAACGUCGGACGGUGAUCGGGUUUCCAAGUGGAGUGGAGGUGCCGCCUUGCGAGCGGUGGAGAACAUUGUGGGCUAGACGCAAGAGCUGUACAUGGUCUAGGUCCUCGGCUGGAUAUUAAUUGGCAUCUGAUUUAGGGCAUCUAGAGCCAGCUGUAUCGAUAUGUUUGGACCGUUCUGGAUAGCAGAUGAUAGGUUGAUUUGAUUUGCAAUUGUAUCUGUACACUCGGG